AUGCCUGCGGUGGUGACACGAGCUCAGCUCGCACCGCUCUUCAGCAGCAGUCCGGUCUCUCCAGGCAGUGCUAUCUGGGAUGCCCCUUUGAGUCCGUGGAUGCGACGGCCAGAGACCUUAGCGGGGGGCCUCUCGGUCUUGGCUUCUGAGGUGGAGGUGCGCUGGGAACGGAACCUUGUGGUGCCUCUGGAGCAAACUCUAUUGAUGUCCGAGGAUGACGUUGACUGGUUCCUUGAAGAAAUAAAGAAGUUCAGAGCCGACCAGGAGGCCCCCUCGGGCUCGAGGUUCUUCUCAGCCGCCUUGUGCCGGAGCCUUGCAUUGGUCCAUGGUCCAGCUCGACGACUCUCUCUAUUGGAAUAUCGGUUCAUUGAGGUCCUCAAGGAGCUGCAGAGUCUUCCUAUGAGCUCUGGUCAGGUGGAGGAGAGCGCUGUCAGCAUCACGGACUCGUUCUUUUGCAUCGAGCUCAUCCGACCGUGCCAGCCGUAUAAGGCAGAGGAUGGCAAGACCGUUGUGGUGGAAGAGACAAGGAUCUCGGACCUGAUCCUGAUGGCGGAGGUCCCAUGUUGGUGGGCACCCUAUCUCCCUCACUUGGAGGAUAUGCGCCGACUAAAAUCAACCUUUAAGGCCUCCCCGGACACAAGCAUGGCCGGGACCACUAAGAAGGAUGAGGUUGAGCCAGUCCGAGUUGAGUCCAUUGUAGAGUUGGAUGAUAGUGACGAGGAGCCAGAGAAGAAAUGUCGGAGGGUGGGCGAGCAGUUAUCGAAGGAAGUCGAGGCCCGGUCAGCAGACGAUGGAGUUGUCGUAGAAAGCACUGUGCGGGAGGAUGUGCCCUUGCUGAGUCCACCACCGAACAAUACAGUGGCGGAAGGCCUCAAAGGUUCUCCAAGCAUUGUUGAGGAAGAGGUGUAUCAUCAGGAAGGCGGUAGGCCUAUCGAUGGAGAGGUUCAUCCGCUCGCUGUGGAGUCCACCCUGGCGACUUCAGCGGCUGAAGUGCUAGAGGAGAGAGCCCAAACUGUUUCCAUGGAGGACACCCUCGUCCCAAGGGCACUGGACCGUGGUCCUGAUGAUGUACGCGGACGACGACUAGAUUCUGCAGCCGAGGUACCCCGCCCGCCCUCGACUACUGUUCCCCCUUCUCCCUUUGGGGCCUAUGUCAGCGACCUCCCUGCAAAGCCACCCUUACCGUCCUCUAGCAGGGGUACUGAACACCCCUCGACACCAGGGGUCGGCAGUGCUGCUGUCCCUAGCAAGAAGUACCCGCCGUCCUCUAGCAGGCCUACUGUACCCCUCUCCGCCCCAGGAGUCCGCAGUUCUGAUGUCUCUGCCAAAAAGCCUCUGCCGUCCUCUAGCAGGCCUACUGCCCCACCCUCUACCCCAGGGGUCCGCAGUACCGAUGCCCUGCCCAAGAAGUCUCCGCCCUCCUCUAGCAGGCCUAGUGUUCCCCCAUCUACACCAGGGGUCCGCAGUACCGAUGCCCUUCCCAAGAAGCCUCCGGCCUCCUCUAGCAGGCCUAGUGUUCCCCCAUCUACCCCAGGGGUCCGCAGUACCGAUGCCCUUCCCAAGAAGCCUCCGGCCUCCUCUAGCAGGCCUAGUGUUCCCCCAUCUACCCCAGGGGUCCGCAGUACCGAUGCCCUUCCCAAGAGGUCUCCGCCCUCCUCUAGCAGGCCUAGUGUUCCGACAUCUACCCCAGGGGCCCGGAGUACCGAUGCCCUCCCCAAGAGGUCUCCGGCCUCCUCUAGCAGGCCUAGUGUUCCGACAUCUACCCCAGGGGCCCGGAGUACCGAUGCCCUCCCCAAGAGGUCUCCGGCCUCCUCUAGCAGGCCUAGUGUUCCGACAUCUACCCCAGGGGCCCGGAGUACCGAUGCCCUCCCCAAGAGGUCUCCGGCCUCCUCUAGCAGGCCUAGUGUUCCGACAUCUACCCCAGGGGCCCGGAGUACCGAUGUCCCUGGCAAGAAGCCCCCGCCGCCCCCUAGUAUGCCUAGUAUUGCUCCUCUCACCACGGUGGAGAGAGGCAAUAACUCCGGAGCGCCGUGUCGCAGCCCUAUCCACGUAUCCGAGUGGGAUGGGCAAGAUGCCCGGACCCUGGCGUCUCCGAUCAGGCCGACUACUGCUACCACUCCCUCUCCUACUUCUGACCCUCCCAUGGUCAAUGCAAUACCGCCGUCUACAAGUUGGGUGCCGGCCGCGCCUCAUCCUGUCCCCUUCGGACCCUCAGGCAACCCGCCCCCCACGGCGCCACAUGCGAUCACCGCGGCGCUGUAUCAGGCUAUGGCUCGUGCUAAGGCAAGUCCACUGACGGAGGACGAUCGACCAGGAAACGAAAGCGGAGUCAGAGGAGGGCGCAGGCGUGGGCACGUCAGCGAAGAGCUGAAGAGGGCCUCCGAGGGAAGGGUCGGACACCAUCCUCGGCCCCCUCGCAGAGAUCUGGUCCUCGACCAUCGACUCGUGGUACAACUCCGCCACCAUCAACGUGGUCCAAUCAGUCAGGAACCUCUCCGACGCGGCUCGGCAGACCACAAGCUGUUCCUGUGUCGGCAUCCCAGCGACCAUUUCGGUACACGUAUCAGAGUCCUGCUAUCUCUAAUAGUGGUCUACAGCUGCGGAUGGGACCAACGGGCAACUUCAACGACAUUGCACCUCCCCGACUGUACUCAGAACCUCCUCGUCCUACCCCUACAGCGUUUCGACCGAAGCAGGAGUUGCCGGCGGCCCCGUCGACUUCUCGAGUACGGAUCCCCCAAGACGGUGCCAAGAUUGAAGUUCCAUGCGAGUUUAUACCAUACAAGAACCCCUCUUAGAUUGGUCCUCGGGGUCGAUAACUUUACCGAUAUGACUGUGCAUGAGACCUUCGGAUUCACGCUCGAUCCGGAGCCUGUGACUGAGGGCUGA